AUGUUCAUUGCCAGACGAUUCUUCUCUGUAUCCCGGCUUUUGUCUUCAAAGGUGGCCGUAAUUGGUGCAGGACCAUCUGGUUUCUACACCUCUUUAAACCUCUUGAGAGAUAAAGAUCCGGAUCUUCAAGUUGACAUGUUUGAGAAGAACCCGUGUCCGUUCGGCUUGGUUCGAUACGGCGUGGCUCCCGAUCAUCCAGAGGUCAAAAAUUGUCAAGACAGAUUCCAAGAUACAAGAGAAGAUGCUAGAUUCCAAUAUUUCGGUAAUGUUUCAAUUGGGUCGGACUUGAAAUUGAAGGAGUUAUAUGACAACUACGACGCUGUCGUCUACGCUUACGGUUCCAGUUUGGAGAACAAGUUGGGGAUUCCAGGUGAAGAAGAUCAUCCUGCAAUUAUUAAUUCUCGUGCCUUUGUCGGCUGGUACAAUGGAGACCCCGAAUACAAAGAUUUGGAUCCACCUCUAGAUAAAGUCAAGAGUGUGGUAAUCAUUGGUAAUGGUAACGUUGCAAUUGACCUUGCACGGGUCUUGUUGGCUCCUAUUAACGAUCACUGGAAAGGAACUGAUAUUACGGAUCAUGCUUUGGCGAUGCUGAACCUUUCAACUGUGAAUAAAGUGACUAUUGUAGCUCGAAGAGGCUUCUUGGAAAGUAAGUUUACCAAUAAGGAGUUCAAAGAGUUACUUGAGCUUUAUAAAGAAGGAGUACACUUUGGAGGUUGGCCUGAACAAAAGUUUGCCACUUUGAAUGAUAUGACAUUGGGCCGUGUGGACAAGAGAAGACUUUCAUUGGUGAAUAAGUACAUUGGAAUUGCUUCCCAGCAAAAUGAAGAUUCAGGUUCCAAAGAGUGGUUUUUAGAUUAUCUUAAGAGUCCAAUUGGGUUUAAAGUGGAUCCAGAGAAUUCCGAAUUGCUUCGAGAGAUCAUUUUCAGAGAAAGCUCUAUUACAAUCGAGAAAAUAGAAGGCCAGGAUCAUAAGUAUAAGUACAAAUCGAAAAUCGAGCCUACAAAUGAAUUUAGUUCAAUCGAAUGCCAGCUGGUAAUUCCUUCUAUUGGUUAUAAGUGCAAGCCGUUGGCUGAGUUUAAAGAAUUGGGUAUUCCAUUUGAUGAUAAAAGAGGUGUGAUACCGAAUGUGGAUGGACAAGUCCAGGGAAAAGAGGAUUCAUACUGCGUGGGAUGGAUUGCUAACGGAUCUCGCGGCAAUAUUAAUUCCGCUGUAAUGACGAGUGCUUUACUUGCAGAUAUUAUACAGGAAGGACUAAAAUCGUCAAAUAAGGAAGGAAGGUCCGUUAUCGAAAGUCUUCUCACGGAAAGGAAAGUGCAAGUGGUUAACUGGGAAGACUGGAUGAAAAUCGAACAAUAUGAAAGGACCCUGGGAGAGCAGAAGGGUAAAAUAAUGGACAAGGUGACCGAUUAUAAUAGGAUGCUCGAGAUCUGCAAAGAGAAUUUAAGUUAA